AGACUCACCACAGCUGGUCGGCUUCCCGUAUGGGACAUGGGAUACACUGAUUCUGCCGACGUCCUCGCACUAAGGAUAGAGGAUGAUCGAGAGGUGUCUCUAAGGUUAUGGAACCUGCACUUGUUUUCCUCUGGGGCAUUUAGCAAUGUGUACCGCGGGUUUGUCGUAUCAGAUACUAAUGUUCCAAAAGAAAUAGUGAUCAAGAAGACGUGGUCCGGACCUCGCGAUGCGUCUUCACUAACAUCAUAUGAAAUUCAAAUCUUAAAGAUGCUUAGUCGACUUAAUCAUAAGAAUGUUAUCCGCUUAUUAUACAGCUAUCGAACAAGAUACUCCGACAACACAUGCUUUUCUCUCAUUUUCGAAUUCCUACCACUCAAUCUUUAUCAGUAUUUGAAAAAGUUCAAUAGAAGAAUUGGUUUGCUAGAAACAAAAAUGUUUGCUUGGCAAUUGUUCCGUGGUCAAUAUCACUUGCUACGAGCAGGAAUUUGUCAUCGUGACAUUAAGCCGCAAAAUCUGCUCAUCGACGAAGAGUCUGGGCUGCUGAAAAUCGGUGACUUUGGAUCAUCAGCAAUCGAGCCAAAAAAGUCUCCACAGCCCAGUUAUCAUGUGACCAGGUAUUAUCGCCCACCGGAACUUUUGCUAGGAUCAAAGACAUACGGUUGUGAAGUUGAUAUAUGGUCAUGUGCAUGUGUUUUUGGAGAAAUGCUUAGAGGAGGUGUACUUUUUCCAGGAAAAAAUACGUUUAAUCAACUCGAACUUUACAUCGACUGCUUUGGAUUUCCUACUGACUAUGAUGUUGCCGCUAUGAAUGCAUCCAAGCAUAAAUGGAAAGAACUUAAAUCGAAAUACAACGGAAAACAUUGCACACCGAAUGGGCUAAAUAAAGUACUGCCAAUAACGAUGGACUGCCCACCAGAAGCAGUGAAGCUUUUGGCACAAAUGCUUGUAUAUAUGCCUAUGCAUAGAUUACAUGGCACACAAUUGUUAUGCGAUCCGUUUUUCAAGGACUUGUUUGACAAGAAUACUAGAAGACCAUCGGGGAAGCCGAUUGGAUGUCUAAGCAGAGAAGAUGUCAAUGAAGUAGUCAACGGCGACGUCUCCAUGACGGGAUCCAUUCAACAAGUCGAGCAACAAAACAUACUUGUGUAGUGUGUCAAAAUACUUGCAACGCUUACUAGCCUU